AUGACUGAUGCAGAUGCUGUAAAAGACGUUAUGAACGUUUCGGACAGUGACGACGAGGAGAAAAUAGAGUCAGAGCAGGAACAUUUCGUAAUCAGUGGUGCUACGGCGACAUAUAAAGCGGACGGCAAUUAUUAUGCUAUAGAUACGGCUGGUCUGAAGGAACGGUACACCGAUGCCGAUUGGUAUCGGGUCAUCAAAGAACGUUGGCAGACGAACACUAAGGGGGUUCUCAAGUACAGGAUGAAAAAUCUAGUACGGUCUGAUAUUAACGGUACUAGCACCAUUAAACACGAACAUUACCCCAUGGGUUACUUCGCCCCCAGUGUACAAGACGGAUAUUGGACUCGUCCUACAUUUAAGUGUGACGGACGAGUCGACGAUUGGGUGGUCACAUAUGUUGUACCCUUCAUCGGCAAAAAAGGACUAAAAAAACCACUUCAUUUCAAAGGAAUGGUUACAGUAGACGUACCUUUGGAUUACCUGGAUAUCAAUCAAUGCGCCCAGCCUUUCGCCAUUGCUAACGCAUUCAAGAACACUGCAAGAUGUGACUAUCGCUAUCGUACAGACAGUUGA